AUGAAUAACAUGUUUCCACCUUCGUCGCCCCUUGCUAGCUCUAACGGUUUAAAUUUCGAAAAGAAUAACAAACAAUCGCCAAACUCUUCCUUCUAUGGAUCUAAACCUUCGCCUUUAAUAUUCAAAGGUGGUGUCACUAAGAAUGACAAUACUCAAUAUCCAUCUCCUUUUCCUUCCUCGAGUAUCGGAAGGUCGUCCUCCCCUGUGAAAGCCUCUGCUCGUAAUGCCGAGUCUAGUGGUGACGAAAGCCCUGAUUCCUCAUUUGUUGGUAUUCAAGAUCUUGCUACUAGUCCACACGACAAGAUUCGUGGCAUCUCUUCACCAUCAAGAAAAACGGAUAAAUCCAAGUCUAAGGAUCAUGUCAAAUACAAAGUAUUCCCAAGAAUUAUCGAUAUCGAAAUUGAUCCCAUUAGUAACAUGCAAUUGACCAUUGGACGUAAGAAAGAUAUGUGUGAUGUUUUAUUACCUGGUAUGAGAACUAUCUCUAGAACUCACGCAGUAAUCAAUUAUAUCCCUGAUAGAAACCAAGUAAGAUUGAAAUGCAUUGGCAUCAAUGGUAUAAUUGUCUCUUUACCAAGAAAAUUGAAUUGUUUUCUAAUUAAACCUACUCAUGAAAAGAAUGUUUAUGAAUUAUGUGCUAUUGAAACCAUCAAGAUGCGUCAACAAUUCCAGCAGGUUGAUACUAACGUAGAUAAGGAACUAAUCAAGAGCCAGAAUCUGACUGCUUUUACCCUUGAACCAGGUGAGACUAUUUUUAUGCCAUUCAUGAAUAAUACGAUGAUAGACUUCAAACAAGUUAAAACAUCUUUAUCGAUGAAACAUCAACACAAAGUUUAUGGAACAAAUUCGGAAGAAAGUAUCGCUCAGCGUUCCAUUUCCAGUGUAUUACACAGUAAUACUAGAAAAUUAGAAACUAGUUCUCAACCUAAGAAAUCUAAAGAUAAAAAAAUUUCUCCAACAACUAAAGAUACAAUAACCCCAAUGUCCUCGUUUAUUACGAGGGAGCCAAAAACACCAACCAAGAAACAUAAUUCUUCUUUGAAGGCAUCAUUUGUCGAAUCAAAGGAUGAAAAUAUCACUUCUAAUCUUCAUGAUGCAUUAACGGAUGCCCACUUAAUGGAUAUUCAUAAUAUUAGAAAUGAUAACACUCAAAUUCAUAAACGGAAACUUGGCACAUUAACUGUCACUCAUACAUCCAAUAAUAAGCGUGUCAAAUACCCUCAUCCAAGAUCCAAGGAGGAUAUCUUAAAAGAUUUACAACAGAAGGGAAUCGAUGUAAAAGGCUUACAAAAUGUUUUAGCCAACCAUUUGGCUUUUGCUAACAUCCAACAAACUCCACUUUCACAAUUAACAGAUACCAAUUCUACUAUUAAGACAUUAUCAAAGGAAGAGUUACGCAUGAUCCUAACGCAAACAAAAUGUAUUGGUGUUAUUACUAGAACAGGUAAGGAUGCUGCAGGUAAACCACUAGAAGAAGAAUAUUUCUAUGACAUGGAAAACGAUUAUGAUGAACAAAGAAAGAGCCUUGUUACUUCAAUGAAAGGUGGCAGAACUGGUCUAAGAUCCUGUAGGAGGACUCAUAAGCAAUAUUUCUGGAAAAGGCCCGCCAAAUAG